AUGGAUCAAGAUCUGGACCAUCCGAUCAACGAGUACUUUAUAUCCACCUCUCACAACACCUACCUUCUCGGUCGUCAAGUGGCCACUCGUUCGAAAUUGGAGGGAUACAUCGAAACUCUGUCCCAAGGAUGUCGAUCAGUGGAAAUCGACUGUUGGGAUGGACGAAAUGGUCAGCCUAUUGUCAAGCAUGGAUACAGUCUCACAAAGUCUGUCAGCUUUCGAUCUGUGAUAGACACUAUUAAUGAACAUGCCUUUGUGAGCUCUGAUCUGCCUCUAUGGUUGUCACUAGAGGUCCACUGUUGCAGUUCACAGAGGGACAUCAUGGCUCAGAUUAUGAUCGACGUAUUCGGAUCAAGUUUAAUCACGGAGCCAAUCCCCGGGUGUCUGAGGACAUUGCCUUCUCCAAGCCAGCUACAGGGAAAUAUACUGAUCAAAGCCAAGAUGCCACAAGAUACAGGCUCAAAGGAUAGCGGCCAGGAAGAUGGUGAUGCCGUCAGCAAGGAUCAUAAGCAAAAUGAAGUUGAUUCAAAGCCUGAAAGCAGAGUUGGGAGCGCCUCAGUCACACACCACUUGCAGCGAGAAGGUCGUCAAGAAGACUUGCUACAGAGAUUGGCUAUUUACGGUGCUGGCAAGCGGUUGCCUCAUUCAGACGCCAUAGACUCACACAAGAACUUUAUUUACUCUAUAUCCGAGACAAAGUUCAAGAAACGCAUCAGCAAGGAACAGUCUAUUGGGUUGAUUGGCACGCAGCACAUGGUUCGAGUAUACCCCGAUCCAAAUCGUGUCGAUUCGUCCAACUUUGAUCCAUUAAAGUGUUGGCAGCACGGGGUCCAGAUGGUAGCUCUUAACUACCAGACGCACGACUUCAAUAUGAGGUUGAAUGAUGCCUUAUUCACUGGGAGUUUGGGAUAUGUGCUAAAAGCACAACCGGAACCAAAGCAGAUCCGCAUCGUAUUUGAUGUUCUCAUGGCACGAGUACGACGGGUAGGAGCCGAUAGCCUUGUGUUUGUCGAGCUUGAGCUUCUUCUACCCGAUAUACCUAGUCAAAGAGUUCGGACUACAGCUGUGUUAGCUCAUGGAGCAGAUGCUGCUUUUGACCAGAAUCUGGACAUUUCUAUAGGAACAAAGUACCCUCACUUGGCGUUCUUGCACUGGUCUGUCAAGAGUCCGUCUAAUAGUCGACCUAUAUUGAUGCAAUCAGGGAUUGCAAAAGUAAGUAAUCUGAGGAAGGGGUACCGUGUGCUACCUCUUGGCGGCACGGAAAUGAAAAGUGGCCAUAUUUUGUGUAAAAUUAGCGUCAAUGUAUUGUAG